ACCUGACGUCAUUUUAUGACGCAAUUUUAGAGGGACGUAGCGUGAAAAUUAUUUGGAAGAGAGCAGACGGCUGUGGGGAGUGAAGAGAGGCGGACUGAAAGUGUGGAGUGGCCGCUUUGGAUCUUAUGGUUCGAUCCCAGAGAAUUUAGAGAACUGAGAAAAUCCUCUCUCCACUCGACCUCGUCGGAAAAGACGACAGCCAUAAGUCGUACCACAGUCCACGUGUCCAAGCUAGCUAUGGCUAAUGACAUCACAGAAUCUGUCAUCAAUGUCACUGCCAGUAGCCCACAACCAGACAAAGAGUAUACCGCUAUGGAACGGUUUUUGCUCUCUUACCCACAUCUCGCAGCCUGGACGAUUGCCUCGCCUUUCAUUCUCUUCUUUGGCACCUUCGGCAACGUGAUGAUCAUCGUGAUAAUGAGGCGAAUGAGGCAGGGCCAGUCGUCAAACUCUAUGUCCUUGUACUUCACGGCAAUGGCGGUAUCCGACCUGGUCCUCUUGUAUACAGGACUUCCUCAAGUAUGGAUGUUUCGUACCUUUGGGUUUCAGCUCUACCGUAUUCAUCUUUCCCUUUGCAAACUAAUUCCGUUUUUUAGCUAUGCAUGUAGUACAGGCACAGCUUGGCUUAUCGUUGCCAUGACGAUGCAAAGACUAAUGUCGGUUGUGUGGCCCCAUCACAAAAGCUUUUCAUGUACAGAGAGAAAGGUUGGACUAGUUAUAGCUAUGAUUGUCACCAUACAGAUUGGAUUCAAUAUAUCUAAACUUAUUGCAUAUGAACUAAAUAACGGAGUGUGCGAAAUUGUAAACGAAGAGUUAUGGUACUACGACCAAAUUAUCUAUCCUCGGAUCACUGUAGUUGUGUCCACACUUAUUCCAUUUGUUAUCUUGGUCAUCGGUAACAGCGUGCUGCUGUGGGCAGUGAUUCAGUCUGUGAAGGUGGCGCGUGUGAUGACCUUAGGUAGCGGUGACCAGGUCAACAGUCGCCAGAAAAAAGCCUCGACACUUACCAUCACCCUCAUCACGGUGUCCAUGGUGUUCCUCUUUCUCACGAUGCCCAUGAACACUUACUUUCUCAUUGUUAAUGAUAUCAGCAACGAGGAGACCAUCAUUCAGUGGGCCAGUCGUAGUUUCGCUUUUGCCAUUCUCGACUUGGCUUGGUUCAGUCACAGCGCCAUAAAUUUUUAUAUCUACUGCCUGACAGGCUCUAAAUUCAGAUAUGAGCUGAAAUCUUUGUUUUGUAGACGAUACCCGGCGCUGAAAAGGUCAAAGGCCACCCCCUGACCAGCGGCACAACGAGUUUUUUAAGUAAAUUUUUCAACGAGCCAAGAACGUGUUCAUAGUUACAGAUGACAUGGAGCACAGAGUGUGAAAUUUUCUCAGCUGUCAGAAUACUUACAUGAGUCACACACACGCACACACCUCGAAAUGCAUUCUGAAGAAUGAUGAUCUACCAAUUUGAGACU